UUCAAUAAUCAACUUGACUUAUUGAGGUAAUAACAAGUGUAUAUCAAUAUCCUCAUUUGUAAAUUUACUAAAGAACAAAAUGAAUAAAUUGUUGAUUGUACUUCUUCUUGUGGCAUGUGUUGGAUUCUGUCAAUCCGAUCAUGUCAAUAGAAAAAGAUGUCCACAACCGCACACAAGAUAUAGUGACUGUGGACCUUUUCGUGAAGCAACAUGUGCUAAUCCUAAUCCAAUUAUUCCUGCGGUCUGCAGAUCAGGAUGUUUCUGCAUUAGAGGAUUUAUUAGGGAUAACGUUCAACGAUGCAUUCCUAAAAGAGCAUGUCCAUGAACAGGAAAAUUUAAAUUCUUGAAUAAAAAUAAUGACUUGUUAAAAUACAAAAUUAGAACAAUUUAUUCCCAC